AUGAGAAGCAAAGGAAUGAAAAUAACAUGGAAUGUAGUGGUGGCUUACCUUGUCCUCAUCCUUUUUUAUCAUGGUCUGGUGAUAUGUGAGGCCCAAGAUGGUCUUGGCCUUGGCCUCGGGGGUGACAGUAGUGGCGAUGGCGAUGGCGAUGGUGUUGCAGCACCACCGCCACCAGGACUGGAUUCCUGCAAUGGUGUCUAUCUCUCAUAUUCUUUUGACGGACGAGAGAAGAUAUAUCCACACGUGAAAAAUGCAUCAGCGCAGGCAUAUUCAUUCACGAGUAUUUUAAGUUUGAUUAAUACAGGAUCGGUUGAGCUCAAAGCAUGGCAGGUUAAGGUUGGUUUUCAGUAUAAUGAGCUAUUGGUUUCGACUGAUGGGGGAGUUCUCGUUGGCGAGUCCGAGAUGCCUGUUUCAGUGGGAAAAAAUGGCACGAUUUUUGCAGGGUAUCCAAUGACAGAUCUAAAGACAGCCAUUGAGACUGCUGGGGAUACGACUCAGAUUCAGGUUCAGGUGCAAAUCAAGGGAACAAUGUUUGGGUUGAAGAAGGGUACUCCUAUGCCCAAGAACAUUAAAUUGUUAAAUGAUGGCUAUAAGUGUCCUCCUGCAAAACGCCAAGGAAGUUACAUGAGUGUAUGUUGCAUGAGGGAUCCGAAAUUCAAAGUAAAGAUUAUCAAAACCAGAUUUUCGCCUCGCCAAUACGGUGACCUUAAUAUGGUAUACGAUGUUCUUCAAGCCUAUCAAAACAAGUACUUCGCACAAGUCACUAUCGACAACAACAGUCCGCUUGGUCGUCUGGAUCACUGGAACUUGACUUGGAAUUGGAUGAAAAAUGAGUUCAUAUACUCGAUGAAGGGAGCUUACACGCACAAGAGGGACCCUUAUGAUUGUAUUUAUGGCCCCCAAGGACAAUAUUAUCAGGAUUUCGACUUCAGCACUGUCAUGAGCUGCAGUAGUAGGCCGAUCAUUUCUGAUUUACCUCGUGAGAAGAAGGAUGAUGAUAAGGUUGGUAAGUUGCCAUAUUGCUGCAAAAAUGGGACUCUUUUGCCAUCGGUUAUGAAUGAGACGGAGUCAAGAGCCAUUUUCCAACUUGAGGUCUUCAAGCUUCCACCUGAUAUUCAGAACAAAACUUCAAUCACCCCACCCCAGAAUUGGAAUAUCACUGGUGUUCUAAAUCCAACUUACAAAUGUGGCCCCCCAGUCAGGGUAGAUCCCACAGAAUUCCCAGACCCUAGUGGACUUGAUUCAACUACAGCAGCAAUUGCAAGUUGGCAAGUAACUUGCAAUAUUACUCGCCCCAAGACUAAGGCAGCUAAGUGCUGUGUUUCUUACUCUGCUUACUAUGCUGACUCCGUUAUUCCAUGCAACACCUGCGCUUGUGGAUGUGGAGAAACAUCUCGCUGUGAUGCAAAUGCGCAGGCGUUGACUCUCCCUCCUGAAGCCUUACUUGUACCUUUCACUAACCGAACAGCCACGGCAAAAGCUUGGGCUCAUUUAAAGAAGCACAAGUUGCCGUUAAAAUUGCCUUGUCCAGAUAAUUGUGGCGUGAGCAUAAACUGGCAUAUUGAUUCAGAUUACAACACUGGGUUUGCGGCAAGAAUGACCCUCUUCAAUUGGGGGGAAAAUAUCUUCGCAAAUUGGUUCGCGGCCAUCCAAAUGAAGAAAGCUUACCCUGGUUACGAAAAGGUUUAUUCCUUCAAUGGCACGAAACUACCUGACCUCAAUGACAUCAUAUUCAUGCAGGGCUUACCUGGAUUGAACUACUUAGUGGGAGAGGUGAAUGGAACUCACCCGACUAGCCCAAGAGUACCCGGAAAACAGCAAUCAGUGAUUUCAUUCUCCAAGAAACACACACCUCACCUUAAUAUAGCUGCUGGUGAUGGAUUCCCUACAAAAGUAAUAUUCAAUGGUGAAGAAUGUGCUCUUCCGACAAGAUUACCGCAAAGAUCAGAUGGAAAGCGUAGAUCUACACUAAGCUUUUUGCCAGCCAUUUUCAUUGCGAUCAUAACAUUCCUGCUAUUGGCUGAUCUCUGAUCGCUCAUGCUGAAGCAACUAUACAGUUUCCCUAGCAAUGUUGCUCCAAUACAGUAGAGGGUAUUAGAAGCAAUGAUGUGGGCUUGGUAGGAUGCGAUGCCUGAAGAAGAAUUUUUAUCCAACUAUAGCAGAUGAAGAAGAUGAAGGUGUAACAAGUUUAGACAGAAAAUCUCAAAUUGUUACUGAAUGCUUGACGAUUAUACUGCUGCUAGCUAUUGUAUACAAACAUGG